CACUUGUUCAUCACACCGCGGCAAGACAAACAUGGCCAAGAAGUCUGCUGCCCCCCAGGCCCCCAUCGACGCCGCUCCGGCCGGCACGCUCCCCGCCGACUUUAACAAGGCUCAGGCGACCAAGGCCGUCAACGCGCUGCUCAAGCAUGCCGCCAAGGUCCAGAAGGAGCGCGAGGAGACCGAGCUGCUCGAGCGCGACGAGCACGUGUGGCUGAGCAUCAACACCAAGACUGGCAGCACGCGGAAAAAGCUCAUGCCCGUCAAGAUCCAGCUCCCCUCGCCUCCCCUCCCCCCGCCGCCCGCCACGUCCGUCUGCCUGAUCACCAAGGACCCGCAGCGCGAGUACAAGGACCUGCUCGAGGCGCACGGCAUCAAGUUUAUCGCGCGCGUCGUCGGCGUCGACAAGCUCAAGGGCAAGUUCAAGCCGUUCGAGCCCCGCCGCCAGCUCGCCGCCGACCACGAGCUCUUCCUCUGCGACGACCGCGUGCUCCCCAUGAUGCCCAAGCUCCUCGGCAAGAUCUUCUUCACCGCCAAGAAGCAGCCCAUCCCCGUCAACUUGCUACGCAAGGACCUCAAGGCCGAGCUCGGCCGUGCGAUCAACAGCACCUACUUCCACCCUAGCACUGGAACGUCGAACUCGAUCAGGAUAGCGACCAUUGGCACCUCGACCGCGGCCCAGACGACCGAGAACCUCCUCGCUGCGCUCCCUGCCGCCGUCGAGCUCAUCCCCGGCGGAUGGGAGAACGUGCUGUCGGUCGGCAUCAAGACGAGCACGUCGGUCCUGCUGCCCGUGUACUCUGCGUCGCUCGACUCGCGCUUUGCCGACGCCGCAGAGGACGUGGACAUGGACGCCCCCGUCGCUGCCCCCGCCCCCAAGAAGGGCAAGGGCAAGGCUGCCCCCGUGUCCGCCGUCGCCGAGGUCACCGCCGCCGCGGGCAAGGCCAAGGCCGCCAAGGUCGAGGCUGCGGUCGCUGCGGUCGCUGCCCCCGCGCCGUCCAAGAAGGUCGUCGUCAAGGCCAAGAAGGGCGUGAGCGCCGGCGUCGAGGUCACGCCGAAGAAGAAGAGCUCGACGAUCGGCUCGGGCGCGAAGAAGGCCAAGACGGCCGCUAUUGGCAAGGCGAGGAAGUAGCGAGGCGAAGAGCGAUUGGGCUCGGGCGCGGCGCGAUAUACCACCCCGGAUAGAGUAUCAGUGUAUGCAUGCUAUUGUUACGGCGAG